GGACCUGCACACACACAUGGGGCGACCAUCACGACCGUGGCCGUUAGACGGGAACGGGUCUGUGAACUCUCCUGUGAUGCGAUGGGCAUGGAAUGCGUGUGUGGGGUGCUUCCGCGGCACCCGGAACGCGGCGUCCAUGUUGUGGCGGCGCCUCGAGCGGCGUCCGCGGGUGCUGCGGUUCCUCCUCGCACUCCUCGUCAUGAUCGGGGUCGGCGUCGCAAUCUGGCUGCUUACACCCGAGGUGCCGGUCCCCAAGUACAGCGACAAGGACACGACGAUGCACACGAUUCCCAACUUCCAGGAAGACCACAUCCCCGCGCUGUGGACGGACGACGCGUACGAGUGUGUGGGGUGGCAGGAAACAGACUCAUGCGAGCCCGAGGACAUCACGAGUCGGCGGCCGCUCGAGACCAAAAAGUGCGACGAAACCAUCGACCAGCGCCGCGCCGGGUUUUGCCAAGUGCGCAACAAAACGUCCGGCGCGAUUCUCCGCCUCAUGGUGUCGUCGUGCCACUCGAUGCAGCACCGCCAGUACACAUGUGACAUGGCGCGCAACUUCUCCGAGUUUGCCCUGCUCGCCGCGACGUACCAGCACAUGCCGCUGGCCACGUCAUUGUCGUUACCGGAAGCGCAGCAGCAUCCGCCGACCCGCGCGAUUCUCAUGAUCGUGUACGACAAGGUGCUGCCGAGCGCGUACGCCGCGAUCCGCGUGAUACGAGACCACGGAUGCACGCUGCCAGUGGAGAUGUGGUACCGCCCCGACGAGAUGCAAAUCGACGACAACGCGCUGAUCCAGCACCUCGUCGCAGAUUUCAACGUCCACCUGCGACAGAUAUUUGACCCUCGCGCCGUGGGCUUCCACACCAAGCCAUACGCCGUCUACUACUCCCAUUUUGACAGCAUCUUGCUCUUGGAUGCAGACAACGUGCCCGUGCGCGACCCUACGUACCUCUUUGACGACCCUGCGUUCGUUGAGACGGGCGCGCUGUUCUGGCCAGACUACUGGCAACCCCCCAACUCGCUUUUUGAUGUAACAAGCCACAGUUUGCUGUGGCAGCUGCUCCAGAUGGAGUUUCUGUCCGAAUUCGAACAAGAAAGCGGCCAAGUGCUUAUCAACCGCCGACGAGCCCCCGCUGCGCUCAACAAGCUCAUGUAUUACUCGACCCACGGCCCCAAACUUCUCGAUAACCUCAAGCUCAUCUGGGGGGAUAAGGAUCUGUUUCGACUUGCAUGGCGGAAUACGUCCACGGCAUAUCAUAUGAUGGCGAAACCCCCGGCCAUCGGAGGCAUAUACAGUUAUACGAAGCGCAUCUUCUGUGGGCUGGCCAUGAUCCAAUAUGACCCGCAAGGAGAAAUCCUAUUCUUCCACCGCAACAGCAUCAAACUCGACGGAUCUCCCAACCAGCCGCAUGUGAUCACGCAUAUCCAGCAGUACCGCGGCGAUUCCCGCGACUACCGCGUCGGCCAAAUCAUCUCGGAGCUGGACCAGGAGAGCUGCUACUACAUCCGGACAAAUCGGUCGCUGGCAUCCGGCGCAACGCCGACAUAUGUGACACCGAUCGAGUUUACGCCGUUCGAUGCGGUGGAGCCGGCGGCGAUUGCCUACUCGGUGGAAGGACGGCGCAUCGUGGAGGCGGCGGCCUCGGGGCUAGCCACGUCAUGGUGGUGGCCCUGGCGGUGGAUAGAGCGGAUGGGGUACGCAAGUGUGUGUAUGGCGGGCGUGUUCUAUGGCUUGCGAUGGUGGAGAGCUCACGAAGCCAAGGCCCAUCUCACCACGAACAACCGGUGGAAAUCAUACUAACGGCGCUACUAAAGAUUGAAAUUCUUCAUAUAUAAAGACAAUCUGACUUGGUCAUUGGACGAG